UCUCUGUGAGAAUGCGUACUUCACGUGGAACUUGCUCUCUCCAACAUCAAAGGCUGCAUAUUUUCAUAGCUCUUCUGCCACCAUGAAGGAGGUUUUCUCGAAUGCCGUCCUUGUCCUGGCCAUCUCCGUGUGGGCUGCCCUUGCAGUUGAUUUCCCUCUUCCUACAGGCACAGGGGCUCGCCUACAAGAGACAAAGGCGCAGUGCACUGGGAAUAUAGAUAAGUGCUGGAUUUUCUCUUACAUCAAACCAAGUGAACCCAUAUGUGGCAGUGACCAGGUUACUUACAGUGGUGAAUGCCAUCUCUGCUCCCAAAUCCUCUAA